UAUGCCAGUGGUAUUGGCCCUGGUUCCUCCUCGUCACGCUUGACGCGUUCACCAAAUCAUAAGACUCCGUUCUCCUCCAAUCAAAUAACAAGAAUCUUACCCAGAAGCACUGGCUGAUCUUCCUUUUAUCGUGGCAGAGACUCUGCCCAAGUUCAUGCAGUUCUGUCUUUUCCCUAUCAAACUCACUUCUCUUUCUGUCCAUUGCCUGCUACAAAGAAAGCUACAAGGAUAUCCCCAGCAAUGGCAACUGGGUUUAAGUGUUCGAGAGGUUCUUCCACCAGCUCUUGAUUCUCAUUCAGACCCACCUCCAAUCUUUGAUGGAACAACAAGGUUGUAUAUAUCUUAUACAUGCCCGUAUGCACAGCGAGUGUGGAUUACCCGUAACUGUAAGGGACUGCAGGAUAAGAUAAAAUUGGUUCCAAUUGAUCUGAAGAACAGGCCUGCUUGGUACAAGCAGAAAGUGUACCCAGCUAACAAGGUGCCAGCAUUGGAACACAAUAACGAAGUCAAAGGAGAGAGUCUCAACUUGAUCAAGUAUAUAGAUAGUCACUUUGAAGGGCCGUCACUUUUCCCUGAUGAUCCUGCCAAGAAAGAGUAUGCAGAAGAGUUGUUCUCCUACAUUGACUCAUUCUACAAAACAGCGACUUCUUCAUUCAAAGGAGAUGGAAGCAAAGCUGGUGUCGCAUUUGAUUACAUUGAAACAGCUCUUUCCAAGUUUGAGGAUGGACCUUUCUUCCUUGGCCAGUUUAGUCUGGUAGAUAUAGCUUAUGCUCCAUUCAUUGAAAGAAUUCACCCUUUUUUGUUGGAGGUGAAGAAGUAUGACUUUACUCUUGGCAGGCCUCAACUGGCAACUUGGAUUGAGGAGAUGAACAAAAACGAGGCUUACACACAAACAAAGAGUGAUCCAAAGGAUCUUGUUCAGAGCUACAAAGAACGUUUCAUGGCUCAGCUUUGAACACUGGGGAUUCUCUGCUUGUCCUCACCAUGAAAAGAAGAACUGAGUCUGUUAUUGCCAAGAUGACUCCCCUGUUCAUGCUGGGAAUAUAACUGGGUUGGAACAAUUAUGCAAAACGACCAAUGAAAUCCUACUAAUAAGCACUCCCCUUGUUCUAUUGAAAGGGUUGUUUCACUUCUAAAGGUUUGCCUGCUGAGAUGGGUAAUAAAUAGAGAAAUAUCAGUUGCUGUUUUUGCUCAAUUGAACAGAGGAUCUACCAUUAUCAACCCAAACAAUAAUGACCUUUACCUA